AUGAAAUCUGUUCAUUUCUCACAGCUCUCACCUCCAAUUCGUGCCUUCAACCCUAAUAAUCAUAAUUCAUCAUCAUCUUUUUCUUCUUCUUCAAUCACUCUUCUCCAGCGCUGUAAAUUCAGCUCUGUUUCUCUCACCUCCACUUCUGGGCCCUCCCGCUCAAUCACGCUUUGCGCUCCCAAUUCCACCAAAGCGACGUCGUCGUUGUCGUCCCAGUUCGAAUCGGCGGCAGCGGAGGGCAUAAAGGAGGCUUCUUUUCAGGUUCAAAACGACGCUUCGCAAAGUCCGUGGAAUGUGGAAGUCGGAAAACCUAGCGUUCCGUCUCCGUCGGUGGCCAAAUUGAGCUUGAGCGACCAGGCUUUCUUCCUCUUGGCCUUCGUCGCCUGCACGACUUCUGUGGCAUUUACGAGCCUUGUAAUUGCAGCUGUCCCGACACUAUUUGCAAUGAGGAGAGCUGCAAUAUCUCUUUCGAAGCUGGCGGAUACAGCUCGUGAAGAACUCCCCAGUACUAUGGCUGCCAUUAGGCUUUCAGGCAUGGAAAUAAGUGAUCUUACACUGGAACUGAAUGAUCUAAGCCAAGAGAUCGCUGAGGGGGUCAGCAAAUCUACUCAAACUGUUCAAGCAGCAGGAGCUGGGAUUCGGCAGAUUGGUACACUCGCACAGCAGCAGACUAUGUCAAUGAUACAAGAGAGGGCGAGCCUGCCCAUCAUCUCUUUGCAACCAGCUGUUGUUGGAGCAGCAAAGAAGACUACUCGUGCUGUUGGCCAAGCCACCAGGAUCUUCAUGAAUAUAAUAUCUCCAAAGGACUCGGAAAAAGUCAAUGAGGAGGACGUUGAAAUUGAUAGGGUGGAACUUUAA